AUGCUCCGCGGGGCCCGCACGGCCGGGAGCAGCGGAGGCUGCGCAGCUGCCGGAUCCCGCCGCAGCCGAAGGAACAAGGGGCUCAGCGCUCGGGGCCCUGGGUCUCGGGGAGACGGGCAGCAGCCGCCCCCGGGGACCUGCGGGGAUGACGGCCCCGGCGCCGGAUCGGCCUCGGCGGGCGGCUUUAGGCUGGGGCCGGCGGCGGCAGCGGCCCCCGGAAACAAGCCUUUGUGCUGGGCCCCGCGCGGCCGCCUCCCGGCUUCAUCCCCGGCCGGGGAGGCAGGCUCCCGGGGCAGGGAGCCUGCGCCUCCGCCUCCGCCGCCGGCACCGCCGCGAAGCCGAGGCCGAGCACACAUCGCCGGGACACCCGCGCCGGGCAGCCCCGCCAGGCGCCCGCUUGCCGGCGCUGUGCCCCGCCUGAGCCCCGGGCCGCCUCUCCUACCGCCCGACUUCGUGUCCCCACGGCUCCACGCGCCCCUCGUCACGGUCAGCUGCGGUUUCCGAGCCGCCCCCGAACCAAGCAGUUGA